CCGCCGCCGCCGCUGCUCCCCCUUCUGCUGCUCCUGCUGCUCCCCGCUGGCCGCCGCGCUCUGGAGGAGACCCUGAUGGACACAAAGUGGGUGACCUCUGAGUUGGCAUGGACAACUCAUCCGGAGACAGGGUGGGAAGAAGUCAGUGGUUAUGACGAGGCCAUGAACCCUAUCCGCACGUACCAGGUGUGCAACGUACGGGAGGCCAACCAGAACAACUGGCUUCGUACCAAAUUCAUCCAGCGCCAGGACGUCCAGCGCGUCUACGUGGAGCUGAAGUUCACUGUGCGGGACUGCAACAGCAUCCCCAACAUCCCUGGCUCCUGCAAAGAGACCUUCAACCUCUUCUAUUACGAGUCAGAUACGGAUUCUGCCUCUGCAAACAGCCCUUUCUGGAUGGAGAACCCCUAUAUCAAAGUGGAUACAAUUGCCCCAGAUGAGAGCUUCUCCAAGCUGGAGUCUGGCCGUGUGAACACCAAGGUGCGCAGCUUUGGCCCUCUCUCCAAGAAUGGUUUUUACCUUGCCUUCCAAGACCUGGGAGCCUGCAUGUCCCUCAUCUCCGUCCGGGCUUUCUACAAGAAAUGCUCCAACACCAUUGCUGGCUUUGCUAUCUUCCCGGAGACUCUAACGGGGGCCGAGCCCACUUCCCUGGUCAUCGCCCCGGGCACCUGCAUCCCCAAUGCAGUGGAGGUGUCUGUGCCCCUCAAGCUGUACUGCAACGGCGACGGCGAGUGGAUGGUACCCGUGGGAGCGUGUACGUGUGCUGCUGGAUAUGAGCCCACCAUGAAGGAUACCCAGUGCCAAGCGUGUGGCCCAGGAACCUUCAAAUCUAAGCAGGGGGAAGGUCCCUGCUCUCCCUGCCCUCCCAACAGCCGGACCACCUCUGGAGCAGCAAUGGUCUGCACUUGUCGAAACGGCUUUUUCCGGGCAGACACGGACCCAGCAGACAGCGCCUGCACCAGUGUCCCCUCGGCCCCCCGCAAUGUCAUCUCCAAUGUGAACGAGACGUCGCUGGUGCUGGAGUGGAGCGAGCCGCAGGACACGGGCGGGAGGGAUGACCUGCUCUACAACGUCAUCUGCAAGAAAUGCAGCGUGGAGCGGCGUCUGUGCACCCGCUGCGACGACAACGUGGAGUUCGUGCCGCGCCAGCUCGGCCUCACCGAGCGACGCAUCUACAUCAGCAACCUGAUGGCCCACACCCAGUACACCUUCGAGAUCCAGGCCGUGAACGGCAUCUCCAACAAGAGUCCCUACCCUCCCCAUUUUGCCUCUGUCAACAUCACCACCAACCAGGCAGCCCCAUCUGCCGUACCGACGAUGCACCUGCACAGCAGCACUGGGAACAGCAUGACGCUGUCAUGGACUCCCCCAGAGAGACCCAACGGCAUCAUUCUGGACUAUGAGAUCAAGUACUCGGAGAAGCAAGGCCAGAGUGAUGGCAUCGCCAACACAGUCACCAGCCAGAAGAACUCGGUGCGGCUGGACGGGCUGAAGGCCAACGCUCGGUACAUGGUGCAGGUGCGGGCGCGCACCGUGGCGGGGUACGGCCGCUACAGCCUCCCCACGGAGUUCCAGACCACUGCCGAGGGCGGUUCCACCAGCAAGACUUUCCAGGAGCUGCCUCUGAUCGUGGGCUCGGCCACUGCAGGGCUGGUGUUCGUCAUCGUGGUGGUGGUGAUUGCCAUCGUCUGCUUCAGGAAGCAGCGCAACAACACCGACCCUGAGUACACAGAGAAGCUGCAGCAAUAUGUUACCCCUGGGAUGAAGGUGUACAUUGACCCUUUCACCUACGAGGACCCAAACGAAGCUGUCCGGGAAUUCGCCAAGGAGAUUGACAUCUCCUGUGUGAAAAUUGAGGAGGUCAUUGGAGCAGGGGAGUUUGGUGAGGUGUGCCGGGGGCGCCUGAAGCUGCCUGGCCGCCGCGAGAUCUUUGUGGCCAUCAAGACCCUGAAGGUGGGCUACACGGAGCGGCAGCGGCGGGACUUCCUGAGCGAGGCCAGCAUCAUGGGCCAGUUCGACCACCCCAACAUCAUCCACCUGGAGGGCGUGGUGACCAAGAGCCGCCCCGUCAUGAUCAUCACGGAAUUCAUGGAGAACUGUGCGCUCGACUCCUUCCUCCGGCUGAAUGAUGGGCAGUUCACAGUCAUCCAGCUGGUGGGAAUGAUGCGAGGCAUCGCCGCUGGCAUGAAGUACCUUUCGGAGAUGAACUAUGUGCAUCGGGAUCUGGCUGCCCGCAACAUCCUGGUCAACAGCAACUUGGUCUGCAAAGUGUCUGACUUCGGGCUCUCCCGCUUCCUGGAGGAUGACCCAGCUGACCCCACCUACACCAGCUCCCUGGGAGGCAAGAUCCCGAUCAGAUGGACAGCUCCUGAGGCCAUCGCCUACCGCAAAUUCACUUCAGCCAGCGACGUGUGGAGCUACGGCAUUGUCAUGUGGGAAGUGAUGUCCUACGGGGAGCGACCUUACUGGGACAUGUCCAACCAGGAUGUGAUCAAUGCUGUGGAGCAGGACUACCGCCUGCCACCCCCUAUGGACUGCCCCACUGCACUGCACCAGCUGAUGCUGGACUGCUGGGUGCGGGACCGCAACCUGAGGCCCAAAUUUGCACAGAUUGUCAACACGCUGGACAAGCUCAUCCGCAAUGCUGCCAGCCUGAAGGUCAUCGCCAGCGUCCAGUCUGGCAUCUCCCAGCCACUCUUGGACCGCACUGUCCCAGAUUACACCACUUUCACCACCGUGGGAGACUGGCUGGAUGCCAUCAAAAUGGGACGGUACAAGGAGAACUUCGUCAAUGCUGGGUUUGCCUCCUUCGACCUGGUGGCACAGAUGACUGCAGAGGACCUGCUGAGGAUAGGGGUGACGCUAGCAGGGCACCAGAAGAAGAUCCUGAGCAGCAUUCAGGACAUGAGGCUGCAGAUGAACCAGACACUCCCAGUGCAGGUUUGACCACAGGGGACUCUGCAUUGGAACGGACCAAGGGAACCUGCCAUAAAGGUUCAGUUUGCGGUGCAGCCCAGCUUCCUGUUUUCCCCUCCACACGGCGCUCCUCUGCCUCGGACGGUCGCCUGGGACGGGACGGGACGGGACGCCCUUCCCUGGAUCGAAGGCACUCAUGCUGAGGGAGCCCAGCUUUUCGUCCCUUGUCCUGGAAUGGCGAGGCAGCAACACAUCUUCAUAUUGAAGAUGGAUUAUGGGACAGAGAUGGCACAUCCCACUUCCCACCCUGUCUUGGUGCUCAUCGGUUUGAAGAGUUGUUCUGCUUCUUGGAUUUCUUUUCACCCUGUUUUCCCCCAAAUCCUCACUUCCCUCACCUCCCCGAGGCCACAGACUGUUGACCCGUCCGCCGAGUCCGUCAGACAUGUCCGAAGCCUUCCCUAACUCUGUUCCCCACGUGGAAGCAGCCGGGGGAGGCCGAGCCAGCGACAGGGCUGGGGCCACCAGCCCCAGACAAUCACUCCUCUUCUCCAGCCCUGGCAAGCCCUCCGCCCAAGGGUCUGCACUGGAACGUGUCCGAAGGGAAGGCUUCGCUCCCUUUCUUGGCUUUGCACGCCAGAACCCGAACCCGAUUUACUAUGCAGGG